GCAGCCUACGGGGGCGGCGUUCCUGCGGGAACUCCCUUGGGGCGCAGCUGCGGCUGCUCACUUCGUGGCGCUGUUCUUUGACAGCGGCCUUUUCAUGGCCUUUCUCGUCACCUCCUACUCCAUGUUGGUCAUUGUAUCCUGUGCGGCUACACCUAUGGUGGUGCGGCGUUCUCCUAUGAACCUUCUUACCGUCGCCGUCUGCAUCGACUUCUCGCUCUGCAACGGCCUUUGCUUUGGGGGAUGUGGAGGGUGCAAAACAGGGCAAGAGAACAUCGCCAAUGAGAAGAAGAACGACAUGAUCCGCGUUGAAGGUCAAGCCAAGCAUGAUGAAGCAGUGCUUCACGACUCGGACUACUCACUACACUCGCUAGAAUCAGAAGAAAACUACGAAGACUACUCACUACACCCGCUACUAGAAGAAGAAGAAGAAGACGAGUUCCUGAGCGCCAAAGAUCACCGUUCAGUCCGAGAAGACGAAGAUGGCGAUGCACAAAAUGCCGCCGCAAAACCGAGCCAAUACUACCUGAA